CCUGCUCCUCUGUGUUAUUUCCCACCGUAAUGUUCCAGGUUAACACUCCGGCCAUCUUUUGGUCUCCUCUCUGUUUUUGUCCAUCAUCCACUGACUCUCGAACCGGACUGAGGACCGCCUGGACUCAGGAUCCGUAAAUCAGACAUAAGGACUUACAUCAGACGAGGUCCAGGGAGAAUGUACAAGCUGAUACCACAGCUGAUGGUGCUGCUGGGAGCGAUUGGUUUUAGUCGUGGUGCCAUUCAAAGACCCGAUUAUGAUGACACACCCAUCCCGGAGUUCCUCAACCCUUUCUGGAUGGCCGGCAUCCCUGAUGAUAGGCCUCUGUCUGAGGUCACCAUGCCAGGAAGCCACAACACCAUGGCCCUGUACGGUGGUGUGUAUGCCGAGUGUCAAACCUGGAGCCUGGCCUCCCAGCUCCGGGCCGGCGUUCGGUUUCUAGAUGUCCGUGUGCGUCACGUCAACGGGAACCUUACCAUUCACCAUGGGGUGUCAUACCAGCGGGCUCAUUUUGGUCAUGUCUUAGAGGCCGUGGUUGACUUUCUGCACGAAAACCCAACUGAGACGGUGCUGAUGCGUGUUAAAGAAGAGUUCAGUGAGACGAAUAACAUCUAUGGUGCUGUGGUAGACUACAUCCAUCGGUAUGCUUACUGGGACCUGUUGUGGCACAGCCGACUAGUGCCAACCAUGGGCAAGGCUCGAGGGAAACUCAUCAUCCUGCAGAACUUCACUGGACCAGACUUGGGGAUGCGCUACAACUCCCUAGACAUAGCGGAUGACUGGAAGGUGCCCACACUUUUGCACCUGAGGGAGAAAUGGCAGAGUGUUUACAAACACCUGGAGGCUGCACCUUCCGGAAACAUGGCGCAGAUCUUUCUCACCUACAUCAGUGGGGCCGGUGUGUUUGCUCACCCCAGAGCUGUCGCACAGCGCAUCAACCUAAAGCUAUACGAAUACCUCCGGGAUAAGCCGGAUCGGAACCAUCGCUUCGGAAUCAUAUGCCUGGACUUCCCUGCUGCCCCAAUUAUCCAAAUGAUCAUUGACUUCCAGUUUAAAUAGGCCAUUAAAGCCAAAAAAGUGUUACAGGAUAUGUACAGCUGCUCAGUAAUAGUGACCAAACAGAUAAUGUUUGACUUGUUGUAAGUUCUAUUCAGCCUUUCAGAAAACAGAAGUCAUUAAAAAGGUUUUCAAUGAGAAAUAAUUGGAUUUAAAAGAUGCCCAACAGCUAAACACUUUGGGAUAAAAUUAAUAAAAAGAUAAAACAUCACAAAAAUAAAUGAAAUGCUUGUCACGUGUCUGUUUUAGCUCUUCUUGUUCCCCGGUUUCCCCAAAGAAAACAGUUGGCUGACUACUGGUAAGAGGGCUUUUCCUAGUAGUUCCAAAUAUGAUCGAUGACAAACAUCAGGUUAAACCUGAAAACGGGGAAUGUGCCUAACAAGUUGAUUGUUUGUGACUCUCUCUCCAUAAAAGGUAAAAUCAGCUCAAGAAUAAAGAAACUUUAAAAAGCCUAAAGGUUCAACAUUAAAGGUUUUAUAUACUCAUCCAUGGGCAUACCUGUGUUACAGUGUAGUGGUAGUUACCUCUUUUAUCACCACAUGGUGGCACUGUGACUACAUCUUAGCAGAGGCAAAGCAGGGCAGCUUUAUUUGUAGAACACAUUUCAUACACUGGGGCAAUUCUAUGUGCUUUCCAUGAGCAAGAACAGCAUGACAGCAUAAUUAAAGCACACUAGUUAACUUCUGAUUUAAGUCAAAGUUAAGUGCAGAAAGUACAACACAAUUAUUUAAAGGCUGAUGAAUGCAUGAAGGUUUUUUAAUUUUGAUUUAAAAGUUACAAGAGUUGGGGCACGUUUGAGGUCAUGAGGGAGCUGAUUCCAUAUGUGAGCCGCAUAGUAGCUAAAAGCAGCUCCGCCCUGUUUGGUUCUGACCCGCGGUUCUACUAGCUGACUGCUUCCUAAAGAUCUCAGAGCCCUGCUGGGUGUGUAUGCUUUGAGGAGACCCAACACAUAUUUUGGUCCCAUGCCAUUGAGUGAUUAAUAAACUAACAGUAGCACUUUGAAAUCGAUUCUGUGGUUUACUGGUAACCAGUGUAGAGACCGUCUCAUCCAGUUUAUGAGUCUAUCAGGAAGGAUGUUGUGGUCCACAGUAUUAAAAGUAGUACUGUAGACUGAUGCAC